AUGACUGAAGAUAACUCGUGGGUAUUCGAUUCCCUGGUCUGUUUCCUGCAUGGUCCGGUUUGGAAUGCACCGCUGCAAACUUUCAUCGAGGAUAAAUCGAUAAUCUUCGACCCGAAUGUAACCGCCGACGAGGAUAACCCGGAAUUCCGCAAGGUGCACGAUGAGUACAAGAAUCUGGUUGACUACAUGCUUGGCUCGUUCAUGGAGGAAAUGCAAAUCACGCCGGAACAGUUCGAGUUCGCCUGUCUGGAAGGCCGCAACACGGUGGCAGCCGAAAAGUACUCCGCGACGCAGGCUGGGGAAAAUGAAGGUGAUAAAACGUUUUCCUUCCACCAAGGCUUAUUUCAACAGAUUUGGGCUGCGAACGAUAUUCGUAUCUUUAUCCGCAUGAUGACGCAGCGAAACGUGGAAAUUCAACUGCAGGCACUGGAUUUGAUUGAACGGCGGCAAGCUUCGCAGGGAGCAUCGGUUGAGACUGAUGAAGGUGCGGUUGGACAGCAGACGUCAACCUCUGAUAGAUUCCAGCCCGAACAGGAGGUUGCGAUUGAAAGCGGGCGUGCAGAGAUUGCAGAAGGAAGCACGUGUGACGCUGGCAUUGAGCAGGAUAUUAUUAGGUCAGUUGAGGAUGAGGUAAAGGUUAAGCCGUCAUUUGGACCCGCAGACAGCGUUCCCACAGGUGGUGAGAUCGACAGUGUGGACGAUAAGUUUCAGCGUUUGAAUCUGUUUUUCGAACAGGAUACGGUGAACAACGACGACAUGAGAAAUAGGCAAGAGUAUCUGCGUGCACAACGGGAUAAAAUUCUUCAAAUUAAGAAACAGGCUCGCGCACGCCAGCUGAACGAAACUAUCAAGCGAAACGAGCGACCUGCCUCGGCGCAGGCUGCUCAAAAGAUUCUGGAGAGUGGCGUACCGUUCGGUGGUGGUUCAGCUCAACCGGAAACGUUGCCAGAGUCCUCACUGCAGCUACGUAAAAUGCUUGCCGAGAGGUUGCGAAACGAGAUUGUCGAGCAAAAGUAA